AAUCCCAUAAGAUGGUUGGUCUAUGAUAUAUUUUAUCAAUGGUAUAAGUGUAUUUUGAAUUAUCGCAUCUUAUCGUAAUUAUUUUCGUUUAGUUUAUUCUGUGCACAGGCAGCGUGUAUGAUUUUGUAUUUAGUGAUUUAUUCAUUUAUUUAUUUACGUCGUGCGCUUAUCAUCUGUAGCUAAUUCUUUUCAUUCCAGAGUGCGCUAAUGUCGUAUUUUUACAUCACACAUUCGAAGGCGAUCACAAUUGCCAAACGGGUUAGGUUAGACCCACGGAUACAUUUACAGCUAAUUUCGGUGUGAGUUCACAUAUGCAAUGGUAGGCUGCGAUAGAAAUUUUGUAAUUAUUGAUUCAUCGCAAGGAACUUUUUGUUAUAACAACGAAUUUAGUAAUUGUAGCGUAGAUCAUGCAUAGCCUUAUAUUUCGUGUUACUAAUGUAACAUAAUUUUAAGUGAUAGUCGAUCAUAAAACGACCUUUGUGGAGACUCAGUGUGCAUGCGCUACGUGCACUCAAUCAAGUAGCUGGUGUUGCUCUACCUGAGGCAUAUGACGGAUGUUAGCAGUUUUCUUUUUAAUUUAAGUACAAAUCGGCAGCAAGAACUGGCCAGAUGAAGAUAAUGUCAGAUGAUGAUGUUGCACUUGACUCAAUGGACACAGAAGAAGAUAUUUUUUCUCCAAGGAACCGUAAUUUGGGCUCUAAUCCCAGAAGGGUUAAAAAUCUACGUACUUUGCGAUCACAUUCAAAUUCUGCUUCACAUAUAUCUAUGAAUAACUUAAGUGUGCGUCGUAGCACACGUCAUAGAAUGCAAACAUAUGAUAAUCUUAAUACUAGUUGGAUUUUAGGUACACAAACAUUGAAAGGUUAUCCUAUGUUUCAACAACAUGGUUCUUCAUCUGAUAAAGAAAUGGUAGAUGAAGUUUCUGAAAGAAAACGUGAUCUUAGGGAACGUAUGCCUCUUAGAUCACGUGAAAAUCAUCCUCCAAAUAAAAAUUCUUCAAGGCAUAUUAGAGAAAGAACAGAACAUGAUAGACAAAGUAGUAGAGAACUUAGAGGAAGAAGUGAUCGUGAUCUUAGGGAAAAAACAGAGCAAGACAAGGAUAUUAGAGAUCUCAAAGAGAGACAGGAAAGGGAAAGAACAGAUAGAGAACACAAAGAUAAAAUGGAAACUAGAAGUAAAUCUAAUGAGGAAAAGGACUUAAGAACAAGAAAAUCUGAUAGUCCAAGUAGGCUUAGGGAAGGACCUGCUACAAGACUCGGAAGUUUAAGUGAAAAGGAUGUGAAGCCUAAAGUAGAACGUGAUGAAGCUGAUGAAGAUAGCUCACAAGAAAGUGAGAAAGCGGAAAAUAAUGACAACUCUGAAAAUGAAGAUGGUUAUGAAGAUAUGUAUACUCGCAUCAAACGGACUAGAAGGACAGCACAGCGGCAAUUACCAAGGGGUAAGAAGCUCACAGUGGUAGAUAGUGAUUUAAGUGAAUCUUCCGAUUCUCCUGGUCCUAGGAAGUAUAGUUUACGUCAGAAAAAACCGACUGUAGAUAGGUUUCAGGCUAAUGUAGAACCAGUUCGACGAUCUAUAAAAGCACUUAGAAGCGUUCUUAGUAAUUCUAUGAGAAGGCGUAAACAUAGGAGCAAAAGUACAAGCUCUAGUGAUUCCAGUGAUUCAGAACCUCAACGUUAUGACAAAAAAAAAAGUAAAAAAGCAAGGCAAUCAGCAAUACCUCAAGGUGGACCACCUGAUCGUAAAGCAGAUAUAAACCCAAUUACUUUAGAUACUAAUAUUCGAUUCAGUGAUGUUGGGGGUUUAGAGUCACAUAUUCACUGCCUUAAAGAAAUGGUUGUUUUUCCUAUGAUGUAUCCAGAUGUUUUUGAACGUUUUCAUAUUACCCCACCAAAAGGAGUAUUAUUUCAUGGUCCACCAGGAACUGGUAAGACAUUGAUAGCUAGAGCAUUGGCAAAUGAAUGUAGUCAAGGCAGUAGAAAAAUGUCAUUCUUUAUGAGAAAGGGCGCAGAUUGUCUAUCUAAAUGGGUUGGAGAGUCUGAACGCCAGUUGCGAUUAUUGUUUGAGCAAGCUCAACAAAUGAAACCGUCCAUAAUAUUUUUUGAUGAAAUAGAUGGCCUUGCACCUGUUCGAAGUACGAAGCAGGAUCAAAUCCAUGCUAGCAUUGUAUCUACCCUUCUGGCGCUUAUGGAUGGCCUCAGUGAUAGGGGAGAGGUGAUAGUUAUCGGAGCAACUAAUAGAAUAGAUGCUAUUGAUCCAGCAUUACGUAGACCAGGUCGUUUUGAUCGGGAAUUAUUUUUUCCCUUGCCUGCCAUGAAAGAAAGGCUGGAAAUAUUAAAAAUUCAUGUUAGCAAAUGGAAAAAUUCUCCAUCUGAUCAAUUGUUAGAAAUAUUAGCUGAAAAAGCAACGGGUUAUUGCGGCUCAGAUUUAAGAGCUUUAUGUACCGAAUCAGUUUUGCAAGGAUUACGGAGAACUUACCCACAAAUAUAUAUGACAAAUAAUAGAUUACUUUUAGAUCCUGAACGAAUUGAAGUGAAAAAACAAGAUUUCUUACAAGCCAGUUCAAUUCUCGUACCGUCGUCACAAAGAGUGUCACCUUGUGCUCGAAGAAAACUACAACUUUUCAUGGAACCUUUAUUAGGACCUCUGUUGGAGGAAUUACUUAAUUCAAUAAAAGGAAUAUUUCCACAGGGAGUUAAUUCUGUUAUGGCAAAAGUGAAAAUUACCAAAGGAAUACAUCGUCCAAGACUAUUAAUUUCUGGAGGAAAUUUGUCUGAAGGUCAAGGACCACAUCUAGCACAAGCAUUAUUAUACCAUAUGGAACAUCUACCGGUACAAACAUUAGAUGUUAGUACUCUUUUCGCAGAGAGUGGACGAUCUCCAGAAGAAACAUGUGUACAGGUAUUUAACGAAGCUGCCAGAAAUGUACCGUCCAUAAUUUAUAUUCGGUCGAUUGAUCAAUGGUGGCCGCUUGUACCUGAAACUGUGAAAGCGGUUUUUUUGUGUCGUAUCGCAGCACUUGAUCCAUCAUUGCCCAUUUUAAUUUUAGCUACAAGUGAUAGAACAUAUCAGGAUCUUCCUACUCAACUUCGAAGUUUGUUUAGUGAACUUCGCAGUGAGGUUUAUUCUAUGAAAACACCAACAGCAGAACAAAGAUCUAAAUUCUUCCGACCUAUUUUUAUGGUUCAGAGUUUAAAACCACCAAAAAUAAAAAAUGAUAAAGUAGAAGUUUUAGAGGAGCUUCCUAUAGCACCAGAUCCUUUACCAAAGAAAUUAACGGAAGAAGAAAAGAAAAUAAUGUAUGAGAAGGAAGAAGUUUCGUUAAGAGAAUUAAGAAUUUUCUUAAGAGAAAUUUGUGCAAAACUGGCAAGAAAUAGACAAUUUUUCAUGUUUACAAAACCAGUAGAUACGGAAGAAGUACCAGAUUAUAAUAUGAUAAUAAAACAACCUAUGGAUCUAGAAACCAUGAUGACAAAAAUUGAUAUGCAUUGUUAUCUUUGUGCUCGAGAUUUUCUUGAUGAUAUUGAUCUUAUUUGUAAAAAUGCUUUGGAGUACAACCCUGACAGCUUACGUGAUAGGCCUUCCCUUGGAAUAUUAAAGAGAGAUCCAGCAGACAAAUUGAUAAGGCACCGUGCUUGUUCUCUUCGAGAUAAUGCGUAUGCACUAAUAAAAGCAGAAUUGGAUUCCGAUUUUGAGGACAAAUGUCGUGAAAUUUCGAAAAAUCGUAAAAUUAUUGAAAGUACCCCUAACAACGAAGUGGAAAACAAAAAUCAAUCAAAAACGGAACAACCUACAUCUACAAUCGAACGAACAGAUAAAAAAGACACUGCGAAUCCUAGUCAUUCCCUUAUUGUAAAUGGAAGAAGAUAUAAUAGUUCCAGGAAACGUAAAAUACCUGCUUGGGCAAGAGGAUAUGUAAAGAAAGUUCAUAAAAGGAAAAAAAUUGCAUUUGAUGAAAAUGUAACCGUAUCUGAUAACAAAGUUUGUCUAACCAAUGAAACAACAAGCAUAGACCUAGAGAAGUUUCAGGAAUUUGAAACUGAAGCAAAUAGUGUUUUGAAUGGCCAUGUUCCUUUGUUUGAUAAUUCUGAUUCUGAAAACGAUUCGCAAAAUGAAAUUUCAAAAGUUAUGCAUAGAAUUCAAAGCAAUGUCAACACAUCCGAUCAACACAUCGAUGAAAUUGAAAAUGUCGAGAUAUGUUUUACAGAAGAAGAGAAGAAUGUAGAAAAUAGCGCGUCUAAUUCAUCGUCUAGACGGGAAAGUGUAGAUGAAUUAUCGUUUGCUAUUGAGAAUGAUUCUAGUCCAACCAGAUUUGAAGAAAAUGAAAAACUUGUGAUAGAUAAAAGUGAAUUGGAGAAUGCAUGGCAAACUACCGUUGAAAUUACGAAGGAUUUUCCUGUUGAAGUACUACGCGACAUUUAUGUGCAACUGAGUCGAUGUGUAGGAAGAUAUGCUCAGAGUUACGAUAGAAAAUCACUGCCAAAGGACUUGCUCAAGGAAGUGAAAAGAUUUGAAGAGUUCGAGACAACAUACGAGAAAGUUCAUCAUGUUGCUAAUCAAACCGACAUGUUAUAAAUCACAUGCUUUAGUAUCAUUAUAACAAAAUUUUUGUACAUUUACACUAAACAAAGAUUAUCAAUUAGUAUGUCAUAUAAUUAUUUAAAAUAGUAUAUUUUUUUCUUUCAAUUUUUACAGUUACUGAUAAUUAACAAAAGGAAGGAGGUAACUUUAUUAUUACACAGAUAUAUAUA